AUGAAUCUGUUGCUCAGGCACGCCACGAGGCCGCUCGGCGCAGCCACGACGCUCAGCGCAGCCACGAGGCGGCUCGGCGCAGCCAGCAGCCGGCGCUACUCUGGGACGGUGUACGGCGGAGAGAGCUCCUCGCCGGCCUGCAGGGCCACGUUUGAUGCGUGGCACGAAUCCGUCAGUGCCGUGAUGAGCGGCAGAGCGACGGCGGAGAGCCUGCGCGACUCUUUUGGCGCUCACGUGCACCCGGCGUGCAUGUUUCGGCCUCCGACCUACUACGCGCCGUGGGAAGGCCGCGAUGAGACGCUGUUGCUCCUCGGCUGCGUGUCGGAGGUUUUUGGUUCGUCCUUCCAGUACGGCAGGCAGUGGCUGAGUGAGGAUGGGAAGGAGUGGGCGCUCGAGUUCACCGCCGAGAUUGAGGACUCGGGGCGGACGCUCCAAGGAAUGGACCUGGUCAGCCUGUGCGACGAGGGGCUCAUCCGCGACUUCACUGUGCUUGCCCGCCCUCCGAACGCCGUCGCGGAGCUCAAGGCCGCGAUGAUGCGGCGCGUGCCAGUGCGUCUCGCGGCGCUCAAGGCAAAGCGCGCCCUGGGCCUCGUGUGA